AUAACAAAAUCUCAAAAGGUGCUUGAAAAGGGUGGUGUGUGUGGCCAUAAUGGGGAAAAAAGGUGGAAUGUUUUAUUAUGCAGAUGGAAUAGAUAAGCUUCUUUUGUUAUUUGGGACAAUAGGUUCCAUUGGAGAUGGAUUGAUGUCUCCUCUUACUAUGGUGAUCCUUAGUGGUGUGAUUGAUGAGUAUGGAACUGGUGGCGUUUCUAUUUCCAAUGAUGUGGUGGACAAGUAUGGGCUCAAGUUGCUCAUCCUUGCAAUUGGAAUCGCAAUAUCGGCUUUCAUUGAGGGGAUUUGUUGGACAAGAACAGCAGAACGACAAACGUCACGUUUGAGGAUGGAAUAUUUGAAAUCUGUAUUGAGGCAAGAAGUCGGCUUUUUUGACACACAAGUUGGAUCUUCCACCAACUUUGAAGUUAUCACAGCCAUUUCUGGUGAUGCUCAAUUGAUUCAGGAUGUCAUGGCUGAUAAGAUACCCAACUGUCUAGCUCACUUAUCAGCACUCUUCUUUAGUAUCGUGGUUGCCUUCACACUUUCAUGGCGACUAGCCAUAGCUUCGCUUCCAUUCGCGCUUCUCUUUGUUGUUCCCGUUUUAGGCGUUGGGGUGUUACUAAAAAAACUAGGGAUGAAGAUGCAAGGUGCAUAUAAUACAGGCGGUGGGGUUGCAGAACAAGCAAUAUCAUCAAUUCGAACUGUUUAUUCUUAUGUUGGGGAGCAACAAACGAUUAAUAAAUUUAGCAAUGCACUUCAAACAAGUAUGGAAUUAGGCAUAAAACAAGGAUUUACAAAGGGUUUGAUGAUUGGAAGCAUGGGUAUGAUUUUUGUUGCUUGGGCGUUUGUUGCUUGGGUUGGAAGUUAUCUUGUUAUUGAGAAAGGAGAAAGUGGUGGGCGUGUGUUUGUUACAGCAAUUUGUGUUAUCAUGGCAGGACUGUCAGCAAUGAGUGCAUUACCCAAUGUCCCAUUCAUUUCAGAUGCAACAGCUGCUACAACAAAAAUGUUUGAAAUGAUCUCAAGAAUUCCUCGAAUAGAUUCUGAAAACCAUAAAGGAAAAACAUUUCCAUCUGUAAGUGGGCACAUUGAAUUUAGGAAUGUUGAAUUCUCAUACCCAUCAAGACCAGAUUCUCCAAUUCUUCAAGGACUUAACCUAAAAGUAAAAGCUGGAAAGACAAUAGGUCUUGUAGGAGGCAGUGGGUCAGGAAAGUCAACAAUCAUCUCUUUGCUCGAAAGAUUUUAUGAUCCAAUAAAAGGAGACAUUCUUCUUGAUGGACACAGAAUCAAGGGUCUUCAACUUAAAUGGUUAAGAUCUCAAAUGGGCUUGGUUAAUCAAGAACCAGUACUCUUUGCAACAUCGAUUACAGAAAACAUACUUUUUGGGAAAGAAGGGGUUUCAAAAGAAUUUAUUGAGGUUGCAACUAAAGCAGCAAACGCACAUAAUUUCAUCGUGAAUUUACCUAAUGGUUAUGAAACGCAAGUGGGACAAUUUGGGAUUCAAUUAUCCGGUGGGCAAAAGCAAAGAAUCGCCAUAGCUAGGGCUUUGUUGAAAGAACCAAAAAUUCUUCUGUUAGAUGAAGCAACUAGUGCGUUGGAUACAGAAUCUGAAAGAGUUGUUCAGGAAGCUUUAGAUCAGGCUUCAAUAGGAAGAACAACAAUUAUUAUCGCACAUCGAUUGACAACAAUCCGUAAAGCAGAUAAGAUUGUGGUUCUUCAAUCGGGGAAAGUCAUUGAAUCGGGUUCACAUGAUGAGUUAAUGCAGAAGAACAAUGGAGAAGAAGGUGGAGCAUACUACCAAAUGGUUCAAUUGCAGCAAUCGGCAACACAAAAUGAAACCUUAGAUUAUACUCCUUAUACGCCGAUAUCACAAAGAAACUUAAACCACCAACACCAAACACCCACGACUCCUAUAAGUGGAAGAUCAAGCUUUCAAAAUAGCCCAAUGUCCCCCAUUAGCCCAACAUUAAGCAUGGCACAUUCGGUUCAAAUGUAUUCUUAUCAAGAAAGUGAUGAUGAAUACUUAAUCGAAACACCUGAAUCUAGUCCUUCACAAUGGCGUCUUUUACAGAUGAAUGCUCCUGAAUGGAAGAACGCGUUGCUUGGGUGCUUAGGAGCUUCUGGUUUCGGAGCGAUAUCACCAAUUCACGCUUAUUUCUUAGGAUCAGUUGUGUCUGUUUACUUUUUACCCGACAAGGGAAAAGUAAAAUCAGAAACAGGAUUUUAUUGCAUCGUCUUUGUAUGUCUUGGAAUUGGUUGCUUCUUCACGAAUCUCCUCCAACAUUAUAAUUUUGCAGUUAUGGGAGAGCGAUUGACGAAGAGGGUAAGAGAGAAAAUGCUUGAAAAUGUACUUACUUUCGAAGUUGGAUGGUUUGAUCGCGACGAAAACACAAGUGCAGCAGUUUGUGCGAGGCUAGCAACCGAAGCUAGCUUGAUAAAGUCUCUCGUCGGAGAUCGCAUGUCGUUGCUUCUUCAAGUUUUUGUCAGCGCGUUUCUUUCUUUUCUUCUUGCAUUGAUAAUCACUUGGAGAGUUUCAAUUGUUAUGAUUGCAGUUCAACCAUUGUUAAUCGCAAGCUUCUAUUCCAAGAUUGUUCUAAUGAAAAACCUAUCUGCAAAAGCUAAAAAGGCACAAAACGAAGGAACCCAAUUAGCGAGUGAAGCAGUGGUGAAUCACAGAACAAUCACUGCGUUUGCUUCUCAAGGACGAAUCAUGCGAUUAUAUGAAGAAACCCUAAAAGGUCCUCGGAAGCAGAACAUUAAACAAUCAUGGUUUUCGGGUCUAGGGUUGUUCAGUUCCCAAUUCGUGACAACAGCAGCGAUUUCUUUAGCGUUUUGGUGGGGCGGAAGAGAAAUGAAUAAAGGAUUGGUAACUGCAAAAGAAAUGUUUCAAGUUUUCUUCAUUUUGAUGACCACCGGGAAGAACAUCGCCGACGCCGGAAGCAUGAGUUCUGAUAUAUCAAAAGGUGGUGGUGCAGUUAGAUCAGUGUUAGCAAUUCUAGACAGAAAAAGUGAAAUCGACCCAAAUGAUACCAAAGGGUUAACGAUUAAGAGAAUCAAUGGUGAUAUAGAGCUAAAAAAUGUUUACUUUUCCUACCCAUCAAGGCCUGAACAAAUGAUUUUGCAAGGUUUGUCUUUAAGAAUCGAAGCUGGAAAAACAGUCGCACUUGUGGGAGAAAGUGGUUCUGGCAAAUCGACUGUUAUUGGAAUGAUAGAAAGAUUCUAUGACCCCAUGAAAGGAUCUAUACUUAUAGAUGAACGAGACUUGAAAGAUUACAACUUGCGAGAUUUAAGAUCACAUAUUGCAUUAGUUAGCCAAGAACCAACUCUUUUUGCAGGAAGUAUUCGAUAUAACAUUGUAUAUGGUAAAGAGGAAGCUAGUGAAGUUGAAAUAAGGAAAGCAGCAAAGCUUGCAAAUGCUCAUGAGUUCAUAAGUUCUAUGAAAGAUGGAUAUGAAACUUACUGUGGGGAAAGAGGAGUUCAACUUUCAGGAGGACAGAAGCAAAGAAUUGCACUUGCAAGAGCGAUACUAAAGAAUCCGGCUAUUCUUCUUUUAGAUGAGGCUACGAGUGCACUUGAUAGUGUGUCUGAGAAUCUUGUACAAGAAGCAUUGGAGAAGAUGAUGGUUGGUAGGACUUGUGUGGUAAUUGCUCAUAGGCUAUCGACUAUACAGAAAGCAAACUCCAUAGUUGUGAUUGGAAAUGGGAAAGUUUUAGAGCAAGGAUCACAUUCUGAACUGCUUUCAAUGGGGAAUCAAGGUUCAUAUCACUCUCUUAUAAAGUUGCAACACUUGUAAGCACUUAUCUAAGUUUUUAUUGGGGAAAACAACAAAAAGAAGUGUUCGGGAUCUUGAAGAAGUUAGGUCAAAUGGUCCUUGUGUUAAAGGAUAGAAGGUAGUUCAAAGUUCAAGAGAUUACUUCAUGACUUUUAACACUUGAGAUAUUGAGUCAUUACCUAUAUAGGAUUGCAAUGUAUAAUAUUUUUCGAUCUCCGAAAUG